UAUUCUCAGGCUCUACUGUGCCCCUGUGGUCAGUGUGGUGUGUGUGUGUGGUGUGGUGUGUGUGUGGGGGGAUGGGCUCUGAGAACACACUCGUUCGGUUGCUAAAGUGGAUCACCGUGUUCACACUCUUCUUCUUCAUCGGCUUCAUCAUCGGCUGGUUUGCGAGGCCCGUCACAGAACAUCAUGAGAAACCAGAUCACCUGCAGGAGUUCCUGGAUGAAAUACAUGCAGAGAACAUCAAACAGCAUCUCAGGAAGUUCACGCAUCUGCCCCACCUGGCCGGCACGCAGCAGAACCUGCGACUGGCUGAGCAGAUUCGAGACGAGUGGCUGGCAUUUGGACUGGACUCGGCCGAGCUGGUCUGGUACGACGUCCUGCUGUCAUAUCCAAACAGAACCCGACCCAACUAUAUCUCCAUAGUGGACCAGCAUGGAGACGAGGUGUUUAACUCCUCCCUCUCUGAGCCAGUUCCUGAGGGAUACGAGCACGUGACUGAUAUCGUUCCUCCGUACAAUGCCUUCUCGGCCCAGGGUCAACCACAGGGAGACCUGGUGUAUGUAAAUUACGGCAGGACUGAGGAUUUCUUCAAGCUGGAGAGGGAAAUGGGAAUAAACUGCACUGGAAAAAUCGUCAUCGCCAGAUAUGGCAAGAUAUUCAGAGGAAACAAGGUGAAGAACGCAGUGUUAGCGGGGGCUAAAGGCAUCAUACUGUAUUCAGACCCGGCAGAUUACUGUGCUCAGGGUGUAGAACCCUACCCUGCUGGAUGGAACCUGCCAGGAGGGGGCGCUCAACGAGGAAACGUCCUAAACCUGAACGGAGCAGGAGACCCACUGACCCCCGGAUAUCCCGCCAAAGAGUACACGUAUAGGUCCAAACUGGAGGAGGGGGCAGGGCUACCCAAAAUUCCUGUGCACCCUAUUGGCUAUGAUGAUGCCGUUCAUCUGCUAAAGAAUAUGGGUGGAGCCUCGCCACCUCCUGAUUGGAGAGGAGCUCUGAACGUGUCCUAUCGUAUCGGGCCUGGAUUCACUGAUGCCUUCAUACUAAAUAAAGUGCGCAUGAACAUCCACACCUACAACCAGGUGACCCGCAUCUACAACGUCAUCGGCAGGAUCAGAGGAGCUCAGGAGCCAGACAGGUGUGUGAUUCUGGGGGGUCACCGUGACGCGUGGGUGUUUGGAGGGAUUGAUCCGGUAACUGGAGCAGCUGUAGUUCAUGAGACAGUCAGAGCUGCAGGAGCACUGAAACAGAGAGGUUGGCGUCCGAGGCGCUCUCUGAUCUUCGCCAGCUGGGAUGCUGAAGAGUUUGGACUGCAGGGAUCCACAGAAUGGGCAGAGGAGAAUGCUAUAAUGCUACAGGAGAGAGCCGUUGCGUACAUCAAUGCUGACUCAGCCAUCGAGGGUAUGUACACACUGAGGGUGGACUGCACCCCCUCGCUCCACACCCUGGUGUAUGACAUCACUAAACUGGUGAUGAGUCCGGAGGAAGGUGAAGGGAGGGUCAGUCUGUAUGAGAGCUGGCACAAACGGGACAACUGGACUAACAACCGGGACGCUCCACGGAUCAGUAAACUGGGCUCUGGAAGUGAUUUUGAAGCGUAUUUUAUCCGACUGGGAAUCACGUCCGGCAGAGCCAGAUACACCAAAAACAGGAAGACAGAGCGUUACAGCAGCUACCCGGUGUACCACAGUGUGUACGAGACGUUCGAACUUGUGGAGCGUUUUUAUGACCCCUCGUUUCGGCGGCUGGAGGCAGUGGGCCGGGUGCGGGCGGGGCUAGUUUUCCGACUGGCCGAUGCCCUCAUCAUCCCACUAGACUGUAAGGAAUACGCCCGCUCGCUCACCCAGUAUGCCAACACCAUCCAGCAGCUCGCGUUGAAACACCCGGAGGCCAUACAGCGUUACGGCAUCACAUUCGAAGCUCUUUUUUCAGCUGUGGACAAUUUUACACAAGCAGCAGCAGAUUUUCACCAAAGGCUGAACAAACUGGACACAAAAGAUGUCCUGGCUGUUCGGAUGGUGAACGAUCAGCUGAUGUAUUUGGAGCGCGCUUUCAUCGACCCACUGGGGCUGCCAGGCCGACCUUUCUACAGGCAUGUGGUCUUUGCUCCCAGCAGUCAUAAUAAAUAUGCGGGUGAGUCAUUUCCGGGCGUUUAUGAUGCUCUGUUUGAUAUCGAGAACGCUGCCGACCCCGACAGAGCCUGGGACGAGGUCAGACGGCAGAUCAGCAUCGCUGCGGUUACCGUCAACUCCGCCGCCAACACACUCCACCCGGUCGCAUGAGGUCAGCCCCCCAUGACCUCUGACCUUUUCAUCAGAUCAGACUGACCUGAAGCUGCCUGCAUAAACUCAUCAACACUGAUCUGAAUGUUAACCGGACAGUCGAGCUGAGAACUGCCCGAUUUAACGGGCCGGUACCAACACUUAACUGGGCUUUGUUCUGUUUGUCCCUCUGAGCUCCAUUUAUAAUGUCUGAGAGGUUUUAUGUAUCAAAAUCAGUCAUAAUUCAUUCCUACAUGAUCAUUUUCAGCCCCUCAGUUAAACAGGCUGUUUCUGUUACUGUGCCUUUAAGACUGAUAUAUGUAAAUGAGCUCUGUUCUGAUUGGUUGUACUGUAUUGUGCCUCAUUCAGAAACCAGUUCAGGCCGAGGUCAGUGUGAAUAGGUGGAGCUAAGCUGUUGUAGGCUAAAUGGGCGGGGCUAAGGUCUGAAACACAAUUUCUGAACUUUUUAGUGUUUUAAUGUAAAAUAUGAUGACUUUCUGUGUGAACAGCUGUUCAAAGCUGUGUUUGCUGGUCAUGUACUGGCUUUGUUUUCACUACUGAAACAGUCACUACCGAAAGUCACUCCUGAAACAGUCACUACUGAAACAGUCACUCCUGAAACAGUCACUACUGAUACAGUCACUACCGAAAGUCACACCUGAAAGAAUCACUACUGAAACAGUCACUACUGAAACAUUUGGCAAAGUUUUGCUGGUGUUAUGAUUGUCUGUAAAUCUGCAAACCGUCUAAAUUCAAAUUCAAAUUCAAGUUCAAAUAACAGAGCAUUUUGAUAUGAAACAUAUGAGGAUCAUGUUAUAUGAAGAGCCUUUAAAGGUGAGUUUAAGAAGAGAUGAAUAAAUCGAGCUCAGAACCCAGAGGGAUAAUGUGUGAAGACCACAUUCCCAAACUAGAAAACAUCAUUUAAAGAAGAAGAAUUGCUAAACCAAACAUUCAUUCAGCGCCGCUAUAGUGAGAGAGCCAGCAGCCCGCCAACACGGGACGCCCGAACACCAGGGGGGGUUUCAAACACUGACUUAAUGUCUGCACAUUUAUUGCCUUGAGAUGUUUCCUGUUUUCCACUUGGACAAAAUAAAUUCAGUCUGAAACCUUAUCUGGUCACACAUUAACGUUUUCCAUGUUCCUGUAAAGAACUCACGUAAAUAUGACUUUAAUUCUGCACAAUUUACAUUUAUUUGCACAAUUUAACACAAAAUAUAAUAAAAAAUAAAAGCGCUGUCA